AUGCUAACGUCGCUGCUGUGUGGCGCCUACACUUCAUUUGACGAUAGCGAUGGAUCGGGUAUGAACCUCCUCAAUGUACGGAAGCGAGUGUGGUUCCCUAAGCUCUUAAAGACGACUUCGAAAUACAGCAACUCUGCCAAUGCCUCGGAGAAAUUAGAGGCGGCGUUGGGCCCUCAGGUCGUUCGAGCGUACACGCCAGUAGGCAGUAUCCGCGCAUAUUUCCAGAAGAAGUAUGGCUUCGUUGCCGGUUGCAUGGUGGUUCCAUUCUCCGGCGAUAACCCUUGCACACUCGCGGGUAUCGGUCUCUCGCAGCUUGGUGAUGUGGGCAUAUCGCUGGGUACAUUUAGUACGCUGUUUGCAGUAGUACCUACAGAAGCUGUGCACUUUUCCGGUAAGGAAGGACAUUUCUUCUGCAACCCUAUCGAUCCCAACUCCUUCAUGGCGAUGAUCUGCUUCAAAAACGGCUCACUAACACGGCAAGAAGUACGAGACCGGUGCGCAGGUGCAUCAUGGGAGAAAUUUGAAGAAUUGUUGCAAGACACGAGAGCAGGCAACAAUGGUACGACGUUGUUUUACUACCAAGAGCUGGAAAUUACUCCAUCCACUCUCAAGGCAGGAAUUGUCGGCUUUGAUGCGAGCGAUGCUCGCAUUGAUAUCUCAGCUUUACCACCUGAAGUAGAAGUUCGCGCAGUGGUGGAAAGUCAAUUCCUAGCGCUGCGUUUACACGCAGAGCAACUAGGUGUAAGCAGGCCGAAGCGUCUUAUCGUGGUCGGCGGGGCCUCAGCAAACAGGCACAUGCUUCAAGUACCUGCAAAUGUCUUCCAAGCGCCAGUGUACCGUCUUACGUGCGCCUCGAGCUCGGCUGCUUUGGGUAGCGCCUUUCGUGCCCGUCAUGGACUUGCCUGUGCAAAGAACACGUCCAGAUACAAACCAUUUGACGCGAGGGAUAGCCUGGACUAUGCGUUAAGUGCAGAUCCCAUUGACGAAGAUGUUAAGACGUACACACGCGAAAAAUGCCUCGUUUCAAAUUGCUGGAGAAUCAAGCUGUCAGUCUACUAA